GGCCGCGCACCCGGCAGGGAUCUCCAUCUGCGCCUCAUUGGAGAACUGCCCAACUCCUCGACGCUCACCUCCUUGGGACGCACAUGCACAGAGACAACAUUUACACAACAAUACUUACCACCCCUUAUAGAACCAUCUUGGAAGAAGCACCACGCUACUGCUUCUUUUCUUACACGUCUCUCUGUUUUUUUUUUUUGCUGUUAUUCACAACGCAACCACUCUAGGCAAUAUUUGGCUAUAUAACUCGAUGUCGCAUUCACUUACGUAACGGAUACUCACGGCGUGGUGGAAAAUAACUUCAAAAUCACCAGCCGAGUGUUUGUUAUUAAACAGCCAUCUGUCAGGCCUUGCCUGCUGUUCAGUGUAAAAAUGGCAACCCUGUCAACAGAUUUCUUUAAACAAGGCCCUGGACGACUCGGAGGAUGUGUCACAUCAGUGCCAUUACUCAUUUUGUUCAGCUUCUUAGGUAACACUUGUUGGGCUGUUGGCAGUAGAAAAACUGGUGAACCAAUAUAUCCUUCGAUGAAGAACAUUUCAUGCUAUAAGUGUCACUCGGAAAUAGACGGCGCGGCAUGCUACAAUGCGUCACAGUACAACGUGACCUUCCAGACAUGCAGUCAAAGCAUAGCUAACGGAGGAGGAUGCGCGGUUUAUCGACUGGACACCUCCGAUCAGGCCACAGGUGUACGAACACACUCGAUCGAACGCGCCUGUGCAAAUAAAUGUGAACCGGAUUGCGUCGUUGUCGGCGAGCGUCACAAGCUUCAUCUAUGCACAUCUUGCUGCAAUGAAACCUUCUGUAACACCGAUAAUUCAGCACGGCCCAGAGGUACUCAAGUAGUGACACUCCGAGCAUUUGGCAUGCCAAUUUACAUCGGCUACCCUGCCAUUUUAAUAUUCUUUAUGCUGAUUACUGUACUUGACCGGUUUGUACAUAGUCUGCUUGAUGUAUGACAAAUUUAAUGAUGAAAUGAGACGACAAAAGCUUGAACAGAAUUUAUGACACAUUCAUAGUACAGUAUAGUACAGUGUAGCCAACACAUACACAGAAUAUUGCUUAACGGAAUUUUAGCAAAAGAUCAUCGUGGUACGAAAUUAGAGAAAUAUAUUAUGAAUUGUAUAUGUUUAUCCAAGAGUUAAUAGCCAUCUUAAGCUACAUUUAACAGCUUAAGGACUAAAUGCAAAACAUUUUCAUUAAGCAGUAAAUAGAACCUCCCCUAUCGGACUUACUCGAUACAUUAAGAUCUACAAACGUCUCCAUUUUACACCCAUACUAUGUGUUUAACAUAGUACUGUACAGUAAAAUGAUCAAAGAAGUUUAAGACGUAUUAAUGGGAAAGGUAUUGUCGAGGUUGUAUCAAAUUAACAAUUAUCGAAGGCUUAUAUCUAGCACAAAAUCGAUACACAUAGUUUAUCGCUCAAAAAAUAAUCCUUUCACUCAGCACAAUGGGGCUUUACAAGCUGCACCGACCUGUAUUAUCUCUACUGAGCCAUGCUAUUAAAAUGUUUCAAAUCAUUAAUCAUCUGAUCACAUCACGUUUACAAUAUCUGGCUGCCUCCGAAAAAGUAGUAAAAACAAGAAUAUUGUUUGCGAUGGAGCCAUUAUACAUUGCAUAGAAUUAAUUAAUUAAGGCUAUAUAUAGCGUGCGUUAAUAGUUUGUUCGCCCGUUCAAUGAUGAGACAGACAUAUGAUUUGUAAUUUUCGUGCCAAGAAAAAAGGCAGUUGAUUAUCUCACUCAAGAGCCUGCAUUUAGCAGUAUUCACACCGAGCUUAAUUUUAGGAACCUGGGCAAUCUCCACCAAGAUCAAAAUUGUGUGAUAUAACACUUGACUGGUUGAUCUCUAGGCGUCGUCACCUUUUAUUGAGAAAUUACUUAAAGCAUUUAUUAUUAUUCUGCUAACAAAUAUCCAAUGCAAAGGUAUCAACCGAAUUACAUAAUGUGUGUCUAUAUUCCCAAGAUGUGAUAUGAAAACUUGCCAUUCUUUACCGUUAUGUUAGUAGCUGGAUAUUUGAAGGCAUAUACCUAACAUGUUAGCAGCAGCAUCUUUUUGUUUCCAUCUUGCGUCAAUUUUUCGUGGCUUUUGGAUCACUCAGGGAUCGUCCGUAUAAACUAAUCAACCUGAACACUGUUACAUACGUCACUACGUUAUAGGAGCAGAUAGACAGCUUAGUUCUUGACCGUGACAGUUGUUUAUAUAUAUAAUACAAAAGUAAUAAAGUAGAUUUAUGUUGAUAAGGUAUAUAUACGCAUGGGCGUCUGGCUAUCAGUCGUUUUGUAAAUAAACUUUCACACUGUUUCUAUUAA